AUGGACUGCAGUGCUUAUGAGCUGGAUACCCUGGAGGUCCCACCUCUCACCCCGACCAGUAAGGAGGUCCUCAGCCAGGCGGUGAAGGCCAGUUUCGCUGGAUUUGCCCAGGAGAGAAUCAACCAUCACUUCCCACAGGAGCCUACCCUGUGGUCUGAGUGGGAGGUGAACUACUGGCUGGACUGGUGCCAGGCUGAGUUUGGUCUCCACUGCUUGGGUUCAGACCUGAGAGGCCUGCAGGGCAGUGAGCUGUGUGGCCUGGAAAGAGAUGCUUUCCUGGGCCUCAUGUCUGACUGCACGGCAGGAGAGAUCCUGUGGGAGCAUCUGGAGACCAUGAGGAGAGAGUGCUGCUCAGACUUUAUUCAGGAGCAUCCAGACAAACACAGCUACCAUGUUCCGUACCAUCCCAGUGAGAGGACGGACCUUCUCCCGCUGCAGCCUGUAACGGAUCAGGACUACUAUCUGAUCAAGACCCAAGGACUCGGACAUCGUGGGCUCAGCUUCAGAGAGUAUGUGGGCAACAAAACAGAUCUGGGCAGAGCCGUGAUACCAGCAGCUAUCCUUGCCGGAUACACUGGAAGUGGUCCCAUUCAGCUCUGGCAGUUUCUGCUGGAGCUUCUCACAGACCGCAGCUGUCAGUCAUGUAUCAGCUGGACAGGAGAUGGGUGGGAGUUCAAGCUGACGGACCCUGAUGAGGUGGCCCUGCUGUGGGGUCAGAGGAAGAACAAACCCAAGAUGAACUAUGAGAAGCUGAGUCGCGGCCUGCGAUACUACUACGACAAGAACAUCAUCCGCAAGACGGCCGGCAAACGCUAUGUCUACCGCUUUGUCUGCAACCUGCAAGGCCUGCUGGGAUAUGAGCCCGGGGAGCUGCACGCCAUGUUGGACAGCGGUAACAAGAAUCGCUAG